AGAAGCCCAAAAUUUAUUUGAAAACAGCCUGUGGAAAUGACCAAAGACUGGAAAUGGCAACUGGAAAUCUUCCGCAUGUUCACAUACAUAAUGUUUCCUGUAGGAACGUUCUACGCAUUCAACCAGCCAGAAUUUUUUGAAGGUUGGGUGAAAGAGAUGUACUCCAAACAUCUUCCAUCCAAAGAACAGGAGGAAAUUGAUAGAGAAUUGCUAAAACGUGCAGCUCGAAAUCGGAACCUUUCACUGCUGGAAAAGAAGUUGUCAGAAACAAAGUGAAAAAAAAUGGGUGCUCCCUCUGUUUUGUAAAUAUUGUAGAUAUUUUUUGCCGACUCAAUUUUCCUAAUUUAUUGUAAGUUUGUAGGGGUGUUGUUAACGAAUAAAAUUGAUGUGAAUAGAAGA